UGGCCGCUGGGUCGAGGUGAGGUGUUGGCAGUGGAAAGGGGUUCGGGCGCAGGGGGCGUGGGAACGUGGAACAAUGGCUCGUGCCAGCUGUCAGGGAGGAUAAGAAGCCAUCGAGCCGCGGCUGUGGGAGGGAGGGGAGAGCGCCCGGGCGACACGAGAGUAUGACGGGGCUGUACGAUUUGGUGUGGCGGGUGCUGCACGCGUUGCUUUACUUGCACCGCACGCUCACCUCCCGGCUUCGUGUUCGGUUCGGCACCUGGAACUGGAUCUGGCGGCGCUGCUAUCGCGCUGCCUCCGCCGCGGUCCUAGCUCCGCUCGGCUUCACGCUCCGCAAGCCCCCGGCAGCCGGCAGGAACCGCCGGCACUACCGGCACCCGGGUAGGGGGCCGGGCCCGGCCGCCGCCCACCCCCGGCUACGUUGGCGCGCUGACGGCAGUUCCCUGGAGAAGCUGCCGGUACAUGUGGGCCUGGUAAUCACCGAGGAGCAGGAGCCCAGCUUCUCGGACAUCGCAAGCCUUGUGGUGUGGUGUAUGGCCGUGGGCAUCUCCUACAUUAGCGUCUACGACCACCAAGGUAUUUUCAAAAGAAAUAAUUCCAGAUUGAUGGAUGAAAUUUUAAAACAACAACAGGAACUUCUGGGUUUAGAUUGUUCCAAAUAUUCACCAGAGUUUGCAAAUAGUAAUGACAAAGAUGAUCAAGUUUUAAAUUGCCAACCCUCAGUGAUAUUACUGUCUCCAGAAGAUGGAAAAGCAGAUAUUGUGAGAGCUGCUCAGGACUUUUGCCAGUUAGUAGCCCAGCAGCAAAAGAAAUCCACAGAUUUGGAUGUAGAUAUGUUAAACAGUUUACUUAGUUCACAUGGUUUCCCUGAUCCUGAUUUAGUAUUGAAGUUUGGUCCCAUGGACAGCACAUUAGGCUUUCUUCCUUGGCACAUCAGAUUGACUGAGAUUGUGUCUUUGCCUUCCCAUUUAAACAUCAGUUAUGAGGACUUUUUCUCUGCCCUUCGUCAAUAUGCAACCUGUGAACAGCGUCUGGGAAAGUAGUGAUCCCUGGUUGUGUGAUUUGAUUUCAGGCUUUUGGAGAAAAGGACCCAAAUGACUCUGAUGUUUACAAAGCACCUUUGAAACCCUGUACACACCCAGUUCAUGAUCCUCAUAAUUUAUCAACAAACACAAAAAAGUGUCUUACUUGAGAGUGAGAGAGUGUGUGUGUGCACGUGCGCUUAAUGCGCACGCCUAUGUGCAUGCUUAUGCGUGUGUAUGUAUAGAAAUAAACUUAUAUAAAUGGGGGAAGUAUUGGAGAAGGAAAUACAUAGACCUGUAGCUUUGAGCUAAUGGGAGCAAUGUUUUAGGUGUUGAAAUUUCAAAUUUAAAGGCUUCAGCCCCAACUACUUCCCUGUUUUUGUGGGGAGAAGUGGGGAGGUAAUUAGAGCUGUUUGUUGUUGUUUUGGAGUGAGGGUAAUAAUUUUUGUUCAGUCUUUUCUAGUGACCAAACUUUACUUUUUAAGAAAUAUAUUGACUCUAUUAAAUAGAAACAUUCUGAGUUUGAGGAGUGUCCAGAGAAGUGGAGUUCUGUGCUGCUCACAUGUUAAAAGUUUGCUCAUCUUUGACAGAGGGAAUGCUUAUCUUCAGAUGUCCGUCCAUUUUCAUCUCCUACUUCAUUAUAGUCAAAUGAUAUGACUUGAGUGUGUUGUUGUGAUGUUUAUGCUCGGGGUUGUUAAAAUCAUUUAAAAAAUAAUUCUUACUACCUUGAAAUAACUUAAAAAAUUUAAAUAUUGAAUUUGGCAGUCAAGAAGAAUGUUGGGGGGACCUGUGAUCUUAAAAGUGGAAAAUUCCCUAAAAUGAGAAAGUUUUUAUUUCUUUUUUUGUUCGGGGAUAGUGUGCUAGAUAGUACCCAAAGUUGGUUUAAAAAAUGAUUGCAUUAACUUUUUAUUUAAAAGAAAAAUGAAGAAAAAAACAUUUGCGGGAACUUACCAGUGAGUUCUUUUCCUCAAAAGUAACCUGUUCCACUUUGGAAUUGCACAUUAGGGCCGUGUUAAUACUUAGGAAUUUUACUCAGUAAAUCCUGAUGGUGACUGGCAUAAAAGAUCUUAAAUAGGAUUGAAGCUGUAUAGGGAGUAAAAUAUUACCAAAAGUCUACAAAGAUAAUUUAAUUUUACAUGUUCUCUUUUAUAACAGAGAAUAAUACAGUUUCUUUUAUUUUUGAAACCAAUAAAUGAUUUUUUGAUAGGUGUUUAAUAUUUCUUCCCUCCUGAUCCGUGAACAGAAACCAUUCUUUAUAUUUGAUGGCAUGUUUUGAGAAAACGCUCUUAUCAACAAGCAUACAGUAGUUAUCUAAAUUUUACAUUAAGAAUGGAGUAGUUUAAAUUUGAGGUCUCUGAAGUUUGCAAAAUAGUAAAGAAGACUGGGUUUGGAAAGCAUGGUCUGGAAUUGCUUGUCAGAUUCUGAAGAAUAAAUGUGUUUUCCCAUAAAUUAUAAAACCCCAUUUAUGAUUUUAAAGAUACACUUGAAAUAAAAAUGAUUAAACUAAAUUUUGGUCCAGUGACAUUACUUUGCACUUCAUAGUCCUUUUUACAUUGUAAGACUGUUUUUUUAAGUCUUAAUUUAUUGCUAAAAGUUUCAUGUGAAGCCACAGAAUAUCUCCAAACUUUGCUAGUGAAUUUCCAAUUUUUCUUUCCCUGAACUGUGAUCCAUGUUCUACUGAAGCUUUCUUGCCUUAGGUGAAGUCAAAUUUAUGUCCUUCAUGAAUAUGAUAAAUGUAAGUCAUAUUUUAUAAACGUUCUAGAGUAUGUAUGGCUUUUAUAAUUAAUGGGUCCUGUGGAAGUGAAGGGACUUAACAUUUGUUAAAUGAAAUUAGUGAAAUAAAUUACACACUGAUCAAUAGCCCAAGUUGCUAAAGGUUUAAUAGUUGAGUCUGUGCUUUUAUUUUCUCCGUUUCGUAAUGCUGUACUAUUACACAUCAAAAUAAGUCUGUAAGCUGUGAUCUGGGUCUGUUAUUCCUAGGAAGAGACCCUUAAAACAAGUCUCUAAGGGUUCUGGAGUCAGAUACAAGCAUUCCAGAAUCUUCUCAUGAGCUCAACUGUUAGGAUGAUCUCUACGAUGUUAAUGACAUUGGUUGUUAACGAUUGCCUACUUAUGAUUCCUACCAGAAUCAUUACAGGUGAUGCCUCAUCAGGGCUCUCUUUGCAUUUCCACGAAAAACUGAUCAUUUUAAAGAAAAGUGUAGUUCAUCUGUAUGUAUUGAAGGAUACUGUCUUUAACUCAUUUUUACUUAACGCUUCCCACAAGCGAAAAAUUACCAAAUUGAACCUAUUUUAUGGGUGGCAGCUAUUUGGAGUAUAGCAAGUUGGAGGGUUUGAAUUCCAUUCCCAAUUCUGGUUGUGUUUUAUGUUUCUUAAAGCUUAAUUAGCUUUACUGUUUCAAAGUUUGAAAGCUAGUUUUGAUGUGAGUAGCAAAUUCUGAUAUAUUGUGACUAGAGCUUAGGAAUGCCUGUCUCUGAGAGGAAGGCACUAUAAUAUUAAUGAACAGUGCCAAAUACACUGUGCGUAUCUACAGUUUAAUCUUUGAAUGUAUAUUUCUUGAUUGGUUCAUUCUUCCUUCUGUGUGAUGGUACUGUGCAUAGAGUCAGUUAAAUCCUUGUCAUGUUUUGUAUGGCUGUUGAGUUUGACAGCAUGUAAAUAAUGUGUAAAGCAAGUUUUUAUGAUUAAGGAAUCAAAUUUAUUGAAUUUUAUUAUUGAAAGUUGAAAACAACAUGUAUGAACAAAAAAACAAUAAAAGAAUAUAAUCUUUUCAUGGACUGUAGUAUUAUAUGAAUGCUACAUUUUUCUGAAUUUAAGGAGUUGCAGUAAUGUACUGAGACACUCAUGACCAAGUGGCAAUACUAUUUUUAUAAAUGGUAUGCUCUUAAUUAAAUAUAUUCUCACUUUGAUCAGGUUAAUCAUAUUUGAAAUGUUAUUUGAUUUUUGAUAGAAAAUUGCAAGAUAAAAUUCACCUCUGUCAUUGCUAGAAUUAUCAAAAUCCCACAAUAGUUAAUAUCUGAAUUGAUUUUUUUGGAAUAUGGAAUUUCCAAAUAAAAAGUGUGUAUGUACACCCUUUAAAAAGGAAUUUGACAGUUCAUGUCAAACCAGAAAAUAGAAGGGUAAGGUCUGUGGUUUGUCUUACAUUGUGUAGAAUACUCACUUUCUAACUCGAUCUAAUAAUAAGAGAGUUUACGUUUUGUGCAUAAUUUUCAUAUAAAUCAAAGGUCACACUUUAACUCUGGUUAAUAGGAAAUGCCUUUAAUAAAAAUUACUGUAGGAAAAGUUCAUAAUACUUGGAAGUAAAACCCAGGAAACAAGACAAGUAUCAGCAUUUGUCACGAUCCUAGCUGAUAGGCUGUAAACUGAUAAAAUUGGUGGAAAAGAGGAAUGUAUAAGAAUUUGCUUAAGGUUUUAAAAAAAUGCAUGUUCGUUGUAGAAAAAAUUAGAAAACUCAGAAGCAAAAAGGAAAAUCACUUCUAAUGUCAUCACCCAUUGACAACAUUUUAGUGACAAUCCUUCCAGAAUUUUUUGUACUUAAAUUUUUUAAAAAAUGGAUCCUACUGUAAUAAGCUUAAUAAAGAGAUUUUUUAAAAUUA